AUGGGGGACUUGGAUCUCAGCGGGACCGGAGCCGAGUCAGCUCUUGACUAUCCGGUUGGAGGCACAUCUCAAGCGAAGGGCGGACGAGGGAUAUUUCGAGAUGCAGAUGACGAGCCGCUCUUGGUAUGGGUAGACCUGGAUGUCAAUGACAGGAUGAAUAUACUGCGAAGCCUCAGGGAGGAAGGCGCUGAAAUCGCUGUUCAGCACUGGGACUCGUACUGCCAUAUUCUUAUCAUGGCUCCGGCUAGUGUCAAGAUAUUUGACAUGUACUGUCAUCCGGGCUUUAUGACUUCGGCUCAAUAUAGACGGUAUAGGAAGCAGAGGCGGAAUCGGCUGGCAAAUGGAGAAGAAGGGGGUAGGGAGAUCUGGCAGGAGAAAGUCAUGUUGAAGGAGACCUGGGUCUCGAAUUGUGUGGAAAGCGGAACAUUCCUGGGAGCCGAUGAUAAUUGGGCAGGUCUAAGAGUCGGAGGUCCUUUACCUCCCGAGGAUCAAAUGAAAGUCGACUCGCCACCUGGACCUACUGCUGAGAUCCCUGAUGCACCCGAGAUCAAUAUCAUCCCCGCCACACAACAGGAGAGAGUUGCUUCUAGCCCGGCUCGCGAGCCAAGCGCCGAAGACGAGGAUGAAGCAGCAGAGGCUCAAACGGCGUUGAAGAAUGACGGACGCUCAUUCACGGAAGUCGAUCAUGAAGUCGAUCAUGAACAAAUGGUCACUGAGGACACGAACACUUCCGGUAGGGCCUCACGGGAGGACUUCGAUUUGGAGGACGCUGUGGUAGAUCAGCAGACAAGUGCGGUUGCAAGUGAACAGAUCGAAGCUGGGGACGUCGUUUCCUCCUCUGAUGUAGGAAAGGAGGCGGCUAUGAGGAACCAACUUGAAGUGGUCCCCAUCGACGACGACCUUUUGCCGAUACAACUUUCACCAUCACCAGAACCUCCAGAUACUCCAGUGACAAUCAUGCGAGAACGAGAUGACGGGAGAUUGGAAGUAGUCAGUAGGGAAGAAUCCGAGGAACCAGAGGAAACAGUUGAAGAACGGGAGCCAGAGCCACUUGCGAACAAAGCUUCGGAUUCGCAGACCACAAACCACACUGGGUCCCUACUGACCCCGGCGGGUGUGAAUUCUUUAUCCGGUCAAGAGUACAACAGAGACGCCGAAGCUGCAGAGGAAGCAGAGGUGGAGCUGGGCACAUUGAUGGACGCCGAUAAUGGAGCCGAAGCCGCAGGGUACCCCCAAGCUGAGGUGAAGGAGUUGCUUGAGCCGGUGGCUGAGGCGACAGUACCUCUAGCGGAGUCACAUGAGAUGGAACAAGAGCCAGCGGAAGAAGCGCCGACCGUACCUGCCUCGAGGAUCCAAACAGAGGCCUUCACUCAGUCACCGGUCCAAAUUGGACAGAUGAAUGGACAUGUCAACGCCGAAGCUGGUCCUAGUACACCGCGCCGCUCUCCAAUUCAUUCUGUCGUAGAACCUCGGAAGCUAUUCGAAGGCUAUCGAUUUUGGGUGGACUUGAAACGUGGAGACCGAAAAGACAUAAUUAGGAGGCUCAAGGAGGCCGGAGGUGAGAUUGUCGCGGAGUAUGAGCACGCCACGCAUGUUCUAGUAUACGAUCCGAAGGGCGCGAAUUGGACGUCUAUCAUCUAUCAAGUGGUCAAGCAAGGAGUCUGGUUCAUGUCGUUCCGAUGGGCUCUCAAUUGUCUCAACGAUGGUGUACGACAUCCAGAACUUGGACAACAUAUCCCUGGAGGAGCUCCAGUCUCCCCAAAGCGAAUCACGAUGCCGUCAAGCCGAUCUCGCCGACCGACUCCACAUCACGAGCAUGGAUCUUCAAGCGUGUCACCCACGAAAGCUAGAGCUGAUUUAUCUUCUACAUCGCCCGUACAGCCCGUCGCGUCCUCCUCACGGACGCCGGACGACCCUUAUGAUGCCAGACAGAUAUCGAGGCAUUUCGAAAAAGCUCACAGUCAAGCUGAGGGAGACCUUGACGAGAUUGUUGGGUUCAUGCAGGUGGCGAUGCCCAACAAGUAUUCGGACGCAAAAUGGUCCGGCCUGUAUGCCCGCUGGAGUCGUCGCACUGGCCGAUUCAGCAACAUACCACGUAAUCAACCCACCGAGGCGCAACUGCGACCCGUCCUAGAAGCCAUCGGGACCCCAGUCACCCAAGGGAUCAUGACUACCCACCAGGCGUCGCAGGAGCUGCACGAUCACUUCCCGACUUUGAGCAAUUGGUUGAAGACUGGUCAUGUACUACAAGCUACCCCAUCAGAAGUAGAUACCGCGGCAUCCGUCUCGAAUGAUCAAGGGUCGCAUGACCGGAAACGUCGUUUGGACGCUGCUGAGCUUUCUCCUGACGGCGGAACGACCACAGGAGCCCCGAGAAAAAAGGCUAUCGUCAAGCAGAUGAAGGUGUCGGCUGAGGAUAUGGGCAAGAUUUUCCGCAAGUUCCUUCCGAUGGUUGAAAGUGGGACUUCGGCUGCCAAUAUUGGUCAUCGCAUCUACACAUUGUAUAAGGAUUAUUCUCCAGCAACUUGGAGUACCUUUUUCGGAGACUGGCGAGGUGGUCGUGGCAGAUUCGCAAAGCAUGGGCCUUUAUACAUGACCCCUAAAAAUCCGGAGAAAAAUGUUCAGCAGGAGGAGUCUAUGGCCAUAUCACAGUCCUCGACUGAUGUCAAGGUCGAACCGGACCCUCACAGUCUUGAUGAUACCCGAGCAUCUCAGGCAAAGGAGGUAUCGCAGUCCUACACGGAGAAAGAAACAGCGGAGAUGGGCAGAUAUGUCGUUGAUCGACUGCCUGAAAAGCUUUCGGCGAACGCUAAAUGUUGGGCAAGAUUCACCGCAGAGUUCGGCUCGCAUCGACCAGCAGACGCCUGGGCCCAGAGAUUCAAGUCGUCCUUUGACGACACUCUGGCCCUAGCUGAGAAGAAUGCUGAAGAGAGGGACCGAGGGGAUGAGCUACGAGCCGUGUACUUUGGACCCAGAGUCAAGAAUAAUAAUGAUGAUGCCACUGCCGCAACCGCCGCCACCAAGGGCAAAAAGGCUGUCGAGGUGAUUGAGCUUUUGACGGAUAGUGACGAUGAUGAGUACGUGGACAUGACUGCGCUGGACAGUGACUAG